UAUGGUCCAAAAGGAGAGCACAUCAUUGCUUAUGCGCUUGAAGGAAUGUUUUGGACAUCAACUCUCCCGCUCAACGCCAUUCGCCCACUCGACGUCAAAAAGUUCACAGACUUUAUUCUCAUCCCAUAUGUCGCUACUAGUGCAAUUGCACACAGGUUCGGCAUCACCAUCGCAGAAGCUCACACCAUUCGGCUAGAUAGUAGAUCAGCUGGAAUCGACUUGCAUCCUGCUCUUGACUCAGACGAGGAACUAGACCAGAUCUACAGG